AUGUUCGUCGCGUCCCAACUCAAGGCAAAAUUCGAGUCAACAAGACCUCAGCCAUUUCUUGGCGGCAUGGCACAACGGCCGCUCAUAACUGCCCUGCUCAUCGACCUAUCUGGCACAAUACACGUCGGAUCCCAGCCGACACCGGGCGCUGUCGAAGCCAUUGCCAAGCUGAGGGACCAUGGCGUGCCGUUUCGCUUCUGCAGCAACACGAGCAAAGAGUCUACAGCGGCUGCGAAAUGGAGGUUAACGCAGAUGGGGAUUGAGGUGAGGGAUGGCAGUACUCAAGAGCUAUGGACGAGCAUCGGUGCUGUGAAGCGGUACCUGCAGUCACUGGGAGUCAGACUACCAUUUCUACUAUUAUCGGAGUCGGCCAAGGAAGAGAUCGGGACCUUGCCUGGACAUGACAACGCAGGCAGCUACGAUGCAGUUGUCGUGGGACUGGCUCCCAACGACUUUGACUACGAUCAUAUGAACACUGCGUUCCGGAUCCUAACGGGCGAGCACUCCUCUCGAUCACCACUACCAUCGUCAUCAGACGGCAACAGCCUCUUUGUCCCGUUGAUAGCAACACAUCGAGCGAAAUACCUAGAAUCUGCGUCGCCUCCCGGUCUCUCGCUCGGCCCAGGGCCGUUCGUCGCGGCGCUCGAGUACGCGGCGGGCGUGCAGGCGCACGUUGUAGGGAAGCCAACGAAGGAGUUCUUCGGUGCGGUGAUUGGCAGUUUGCCACAGGAGGUACGUGAGGCGGAGGGGAGGAUCGCGAUUGUCGGCGACGAUGUCGAGGCAGACCUUGGGGGCGGGGCGAUUGAGUUGGGGCUUUGGAGAGUCUUGGUGAGGACAGGCAAAUAUCGUCCGGGAGACGAGGACAGGCCUGGCGUUGCUCCUCCCGAUGAAGUGUACGAUUCUCUGGCUGAAUUCGUGGAUACGUUACUCGCAAGUCCAAGUUAA